AUGGUGCACGCGGAUUCCUCUACCUUCGCCGCGGGCAUCAGCCGAGAGGAAGCUUAUACGCAGGUAUUAGAGCAAGCAGAAGCUCUAUUCGAUGGGCAGCGAAACUGGGUCUGUAACCUCGCAAACACGGCCUCGCUACUAUGGCAUGCGUAUAAAUCGCUGCCGGCCCCAAGCUCGGAGGUGAACUGGGCGGGCUUCUAUGUGCUCGACCCGUCCAAGCCCUCGCAGUUGAUCCUUGGCCCUUUCCAUGGGAAGGUCGCCUGCCAGACCAUCGCGUUCGGGCGCGGGGUUUGUGGGGCUGCUGCUUCGACGAUGGAGACGCAACUCGUCCCGGAUGUGGAUUUAUUCCCAGGCCAUAUUGCGUGUGAUGGUGAUAGCAAGAGUGAGAUCGUAGUACCAAUCCGCAUUCCGGCCAGUGGCGACGACGGAGAGCAGAAGACUAAAUUGGUGGGUAUUAUCGACAUCGACUGUGCGGUGAAAGGGGGCUUCGACGAGGUCGAUAGAAAGUACUUGGAGAAGUUGGCCGAGUUGCUGGGCAAGGCUUGUGAUUGGUAAUUCAUUCUCGACUGCACUACAAGCUGAAGGCCAGACCCAAAAGCCAAAAUUUGGAGAGAGUGAAAGUCCUAGCUAAGUCUGCUACACUGCUCCGGAGUGCUUGUCGAGAUAGAUGAAAGACGCGCUCAUGAGAUGAAAUUGGUCUGCCUAAUGGCGUAGGCAUCGCUCUAUUUCAUAUGAUAAGAGCAGGGCGUCUUCUUUUGGGGAUUGCGAGGGUGAAGAUUCUGCAUGGGCUAUGACAGAUGUUUUGCAGGUACGAAUAGAGUGCAUGUACCUACUACCAAGUAAUACUACAGACCUCAAAAGAACUCUCUAG